GAAAAGGGGAUGCUGAGAGAACAAUUACUCCAACCAACACAGAAAGUUCAGUUUUGCCUAAGUUGGUACUGGAUAAGUUCAGUUCCGGUAGCAGAUGCAGUAACAGUAUUCAGUUUUUAUCUGCUUCGAUAAAUGUUCAAGUGCGAUAAUGGAAACAACAACAACAACAACAACAUCAACAUCAACAAAGCGAUGUUUGGUUUUCGCUGUUAAUGGACAGAGGUUUGAGCUGUUUAACGUAGAUCCUUCUACUACUUUGCUACAGUUUAUGCGUUCUCAAACUCCUUUCAAAAGUGUCAAGCUCAGCUGUGGGGAAGGAGGUUGUGGUGCCUGCAUUGUCCUACUUUCCAAGUAUGACUCUGUCCAUGACAAGGUUGAGGACUUCAGUGUGAAUUCCUGCCUCACACUACUAUGCAGUGUAAAUGGAUGCUCAAUUACAACAGCUGAGGGAGUUGGGAAUAGCAAGGAUGGGUUCCAUCCAAUUCAAGAAAGAUUCUCUGGUUUCCAUGCUUCUCAAUGUGGCUUUUGUACUCCAGGAAUGUGUGUUUCUCUCUUUGCAGCUCUUGUCAAUGCAGAUAAGACUAAUAGGCAAGAGCCCUGUCCUGGAUUCUCCAAGCUGACAGUUUCUGAAGCAGAAAAAUCUAUUGCAGGAAAUCUUUGUCGAUGUACUGGUUAUCGACCCAUUGUUGAUGCCUGUAAAAGUUUUGCCACUGAUGUUGAUAUGGAGGAUUUGGGAUUUAACUCCUUUUGGAGAAAAGGUGAAAGCGAUGAAGUAAAGCUGGGUAGAUUACCUCCAUACAAUCGCAAGAAUGCAACUUGUGUGUUUCCUGAGUUUCUAAAAAAGGAAACCACGAUGGGUGCCAAUCUGGACUCCGAAGGAUAUCAUUGGUAUAGUCCUGUUAGUCUUGAGCAGCUACAAAGUUUACUGCAAAUCAAUGAGGCUAAUGAUGGAACCUCAAUGAAGAUUAUUGUUGGUAACACAGGAAUGGGUUAUUACAAGGAACUAGUACGCUAUGACAAAUACAUUGAUUUGAGAUAUAUUCCUGAGCUUUCAAUCAUUAGAAAAGAUCCUACAGGGAUUGAAAUUGGAGCAGCUGUGACCAUUUCUAAAGCUAUUGAAGCUUUGAAGGAAGAAAAUGAAGUUGAAUUUAGCCAAGAAGCUAAACUGGUGUUCAAAAAAAUUGCUGACCACAUGGAGAAGAUUGCUUCAGGGUUCAUUAGGAAUUCAGCUAGUGUAGGCGGAAAUUUGAUAAUGGCCCAGAGGAAACAUUUUCCAUCAGAUAUUGCUACAAUACUACUUUCUGUGGAUGCAAUUUUGGACAUAAUGACUGGUCAGAAACGUGAAAAGCUGACACUAGAGGAGUUCCUUGGAAGGCCUCCACUGGAGUCAAAAAGUGUUCUGUUAAGUAUUAAAAUCCCAUGCUGGGAGUCAAGUAGGGAUGUUUCUUGUGAUAACUACACUAAGUUGCUGUAUGAAACCUAUCGAGCUGCACCACGUCCUCUUGGAAAUGCACUGCCCUAUUUGAAUGCUACUUUCUCGGCUCAGGUGUCUCUCUGUAAGAAUUCUACCGGACUUAUGCUAAAAAACUGUCGGUUGGUGUUUGGUGCUUACGGGACCAAGCACUCGAUUAGGGCAAGGGAGGUUGAGAAGUUUUUAUCAGGGAAAUUGCUAAGCAUUGGUGUUCUGUAUGAGGCUAUUAAAUUACUUGAAACUUUGGUAAUACCUGAAGAUGGUACCUCUAGUCCAGCUUAUCGGUCAAGCUUGGCUGUUGGUUUUCUUUUUGAGUUCCUAAGCCCCUUAAUUGACUCCCCGGUUGAAAUUUCUGAUGGUUUGCUUAAUGGAUAUAAUAGUACUUUGUUGUUUAAGAAUUCAAAUCAGGAACUAGAUCAGUUUGGUCAGACCAAAUUCCCACCUUUGUUGUCAUCCUCAAAGCAGGUGAUUCAAUUAAAUAAUGAAUAUCAUCCAGUUGGAGAGCCAAUUACAAAAACUGGAGCCAUCCUCCAAGCAUCUGGUGAGGCUAUUUAUGUGGAUGACAUUCCUUCUCCAAAAAAUUGUCUACAUGGAGCAUUUAUUUAUAGCACAGAGCCUCUGGCACGGGUGAAGGGCAUAAAAUUCAAACCUGGAUUAUCACCAGAUGGAGUUAUUGCAGUUAUUUCUUUUAAAGACAUUCCUGGGGUGAAUUUGGGUUCUAAGACGGUACUUGGAACUGAACCUUUAUAUGCUGAUGAGCUUACUGAAGGUGCUGGUCAGAGGAUUGCCUUUGUGGUUGCAGAUACUCAGAAAAAUGCAGACAUCGCUGCCAAUCUUGCAGUGGUUGUUUAUGACAAGGAAAAUCUAGAACCACCAAUAUUAUCUGUAGAAGAGGCAGUUGAGAGAUGUAGCUUUUUCAAAGUCCCUCCUUCUCUUUAUCCUAAACAGGUUGGUGAUUUAUCUAAAGGAAUGGCUGAAGCUGAUCACCGAAUUCUCUCCGCUGAGAUCAAACUUGGGUCACAAUACUAUUUUUAUAUGGAGACACAAACUGCUCUUGCUGUGCCAGAUGAGGAUAACUGCAUGGUGGUGUACAGUUCUAUCCAAUGCCCUGAGUUUGCACAUGAUACCAUAGCUAGAUGUCUCGGUGUUCCUGGCCAUAACAUUCGUGUGAUUACUAGAAGGCUUGGAGGAGGAUUUGGUGGAAAGGGUGUAAAAGCCAUGGCUGUUGCAACAGCAUGUGCGGUUGCUGCUUACAAAUUACAGCGUCCAGUCAGAAUAUAUGUCAAUCGCAAGACAGAUAUGAUAAUGUCAGGAGGAAGGCAUCCAAUGAAGAUAACUUACAGUGUAGGAUUCAAAGCUAAUGGGAAGAUCACAGCCCUAAAACUUGAUAUAUUAAUUGAUUCAGGGAUGUUUGUGGAUGUAAGUCCAAUUAUGCCAAUGCAUAUGCUAGGUGCACUUAAAAAGUAUGACUGGGGUGCUUUAUCUUUUGAUAUAAAGCUUUGCAAAACAAAUCUUCCAAGUAGAGCAGCGAUGAGAGCCCCGGGAGAUGUACAGGCCUCAUUUAUUGCUGAAGCUGUAAUUGAACAUGUUGCAUCUGCCCUUUCCAUGGAAGUGGAUUCUGUCAGAAAUAUUAAUCUCCACACUCACAACAGCCUUGACUUAUUUUUUGCAAGUGCUGCAGGUGAACCUUUGGAGUAUACUUUACCUUCCAUAUGGGAUAAGUUGGCCAAUUCUUCAAGCUUUUACCACAGGACUGAAAUGAUAAAAGAAUUUAAUAGGUGUCAUAAAUGGAAGAAAAGAGGAAUUUCAAGGGUACCUAUUGUGCAUGAAGUGGCAAUGAGAGCAACCCCAGGGAAGGUAAGCAUUCUACGUGAUGGAUCUAUUGUUGUUGAGGUCGGAGGAAUUGAGAUGGGCCAGGGUCUCUGGACAAAAGUAAAACAGAUGAUUGCAUAUGCCCUUAGUUUGGUUAAAUGUGGUGGAACAGAAGACCUUUUAGAGAAAGUAAGGGUCAUAGAAGCUGAUAGUUUGAGCAUGAUUCAGGGAGGUUUUACUGCAGGAAGCACGACAUCCGAGUCAAGCUGUGAAGCAGUCAGACUUUGCUGCAAUAUCUUGAUUGAAAGACUUGUCCCCCUCAAGGAAAGGUUGCUGGAGCAAAUGGGGUCUGUAGAAUGGGAAACGCUGAUUCUUCAGGCAUAUCUUAAUUCUAUAAACUUAUCAGCAAGUACACUAUACGUACCAAACUCUUCUACCAUGCGAUACCUGAACUAUGCCGCUGCAGUGAGCGAGGUAGAAGUAAACCUUAUAACAGGGGAAACCACAAAUCUGCGGACAGAUAUUAUAUAUGACUGUGGUAAAAGCUUAAACCCUGCUGUGGAUUUAGGACAGAUUGAAGGAGCUUAUGUUCAAGGAAUUGGGUUUUUUAUGCUUGAAGAAUACAACACAAAUUCAGAUGGAUUAGUGAUUGAAGAUAGCACAUGGACUUACAAGAUCCCUACAGUGGACACCAUACCCAAACAAUUUAAUGUUGAAAUCCUGAACAGUGGAAAUCAUAAAAAUCGUGUUCUUUCUUCGAAAGCUUCUGGUGAGCCGCCAUUAACUCUAGCAGUUUCAGUUCACUGUGCUACAAGGGCAGCUGUAAGAGAAGCCAGGCAGCAGCUUCUUUCAUGGAGUGGCCAAAACGAGUCAGAUUCAACAUUCUGCCAAUUGGACGUACCUGCCACCAUGCCUGUGGUGAAGGAACUAUGUGGGCUUGAUAGCAUUCAGAAGUUCUUGCAAUGGACAAUUGGAAAAAUCUGAUCAGGUUAAAAAUUUUAGUGUAUUCACAUGUAAACUACAAUAAGUUAGGGAUCUCUGGAUAAAAAAUAAGAGGGAAAAGCUUGUUUCGUCUUGUUGAAGAAAACAUAAUAUUAUAAAUAUGAAAAGGAUCAAGUUACAUACGUGGAAACUUAAUUAGUUUUACCCCUUUUUAUAAUUCAUUGUA